CUCCAUUCCUUUUCCAUUCCCUUCUUGCACGCCUACGUACCCUCACACUUACCUUUAUAAUGGCAUCAGUCGCGCAGCCCCAGUCCCAACUCCCUAAAAUUACGGUUUUAAAUCGUGUCGUUUCUAUUCCUUUAAUUGCGUCUUCACUUGAACAGAUAAAUGCUGUCCUUGAGAAAAACAUGCUCACCCGCUCUCCGUACCACGCCGCUCAAGUAAUAACCAGCACCGCUUAUAACUAUUCGCAACCUAUUCAGAUUCGUCUUGCCCCACUCAUCGACCGCGCAGACGGUAUCGCCAACAAGGGUCUCGAUGCAGUUGAGUCGAGGUAUCCUUAUCCGUUCCAGGCAAAGCCCGAGGAAGUGGCAAGCUACGUGCGUGAAACUGCGGGAAGGACGUUUGGGAACGUCAAAUCCCCUGCAGUUGACGUUGCAGAAGGCAUUGACAAGAAAUUUGCACCGGUCGUUGACUACUUCGAGAGAAUCACUGGAAAUAUGUCCAAUGAAUCGGAUGCUUCGCAGCUCUCGUCCCCAUCUUCCGACUCUCAAUACCAGUAUCAGCGCGCGAUCAACCUUUCCAAGCACCUCAAGGACAAUUUCUACGUCUAUUCAUCAGAGCACCUCAAGCAGGUGCAGCUGCAAAAUGUCCUGGUUCAACGUGCGACCGACACUGCGAACUCUAUCUCUACUCUUGCUUCCAACGGGAUUAAUAACGCUCAAACUGCUGCUGCAAACCUGCUCUCCGAGAUGCAGAAAAUACAUCACUCGACCACUCAGCUCCCUCAGACCCUACAGGAUACAUAUCCUGACGUCUCUAAAGCCGUCGUAGACUUGCGCGUUAUCAUUACCGAUCCUUCUCUCCCUGUCCCCGAGAAGCUCAAUCGCGUAGGCAGAGAGGUCAAAGAGCGUGUAUCUCCGUUGCUUGAAAAGCUCACACAACGGAUAGGCGAGAUCAUUAGUGUCCUUGGGUCGAAGGCAGAAGAGGCCGAAAACACCGUUGAGGCCCCGAAUGGGAACAAUGUUUCCCCCGAGUCAGCGUCUCCUCAGUAAACGCGGAUUCAAAACUGUUAUGAACUUUCCCUUCCCCUUAUCAUUAUCACGUUUUCUCGUUGUCGCCAUGGCUCAUAGAAAGUUGAAUAGAGUAGAGAUUUCGUUCCUCCAUGCACUAUGGUUCACAUGCAUUCAUUGUUGUAUUUUUCUGUUCACUUUGUAGUUGUAUUCGAAGCUUUCAUACUCCUUUUUUCGAUCAGGCAAUCACAGAUAAUUUGUACUAGCAACACGAGUGAGCUUUCUAGGCUUGCUAGAACCAGAAUUAGCCACGCCUGCGCAG